AUGUAUUUUCUUCUUCCUACUUUCUUCUAUUUUUUCAUCCCUAAAUUUUUUUUUGCUCCAAAACUCCUAUUUCUUUUCUGUUCUUCUUUAUUCUUUCUUCCAAAUCUCUUCUUUGUAUUCUUUCAUCCAAAGAUAAUCUUUUUCUUUUUUGUGUUUAAUGUAUUCUUUCUUCCACUGUAUUUUUCACUUCCUUAUAAACUUUUCCAAUCUUUUUUUUUCUUUCUUCUGUCAAAUUCCCUACUUUCUACUUUAGCUCUUCUUUGUAUUCUUUCAUCCAAAGUGUUUAAUGUAUUCUUUCUUCCACUGUCUUCUCUCUUCCUCAUAAUCAUUCUUCCACUGUCAAAUCGCUACUUUCUACUUAGCUCUUCUUUGUAUUCUUUCAUCCAAAGUCAAAUCCAUCUUUCCUAUUUAGGUGUGUUUAAUGUAUUCUUUCUUCUUCUUUUUCACUUCCUUCUUUUUUCAUCCAAUUCAACUUUCCAUCUUUUGUAUUCUUUCAGGAUAGCUCUUCUUUGUAUUUUCUUUUCAUCCAAAAUUCAUUUUCAAAAACUCUUCUUUGUACUGUCAAAUUCCUACUUUCUACUUAGCUCUUCUUUGUAUUCUUUCAUCCAAACUGUCAAAUCCAUCUUUUCUAUUUUCUUGUUUAAUGUAUUCUUUCUUCCACUGUAUUUUCUUCCUUUUAAACUUUUUUUUCCACUGUCAAAUCCCCUCUUUCUACUUAUCACUUCUUUGUAUUCUUUCAUCCAAAGUCAAAUCCAUCUUUCCUAUUUAGGUGUGUUUAAUGUAUUCUUUCUUCCACUGUAUUUUCACUUCCUUAUAAACUUUUCCCACUGUCAAAUUCCUACUUUCUUUCUUAGCUCUUCUUUUGCAAACCCAUCUUUUCUAUUUAUCUGUUCCAUUUAUUCUUUCUUCCACUGUCUCUUCCUUAUUAUCUUUUUUCUACUGUCAAAUUCCUACUUUCUACUUAAAAUCAUUCUUUGUAUUCUUUCAUCCAAAAAUAAAAUCCAUCUUUCCUUAUUUAGCUCUUCUUUGUAUUCUUUCAUCCAAAACAAAAAUCCAUCUUUUUCUUAUUUAGGUGUUCCAUGUAUUCUUUCUUCCACUGUCUUUUCACUUCCUUAUAAUCUUUCUCGCACUCUCUAA